CUGUUUGACACAUUCAGUUCGUAUGAAAACGACAUAGAAUAGAAUUUUAUACUAUUGAAACGUGCGAAAAACAUAUAUAUAUAUUUUUUGAAUUUGUUUCGCUUUAAUGUUCCUAAUAGCUUUGGAUAGAAUAUAAAUCGAUUCAAUGUGUGUGCCGAAUUUAAAUUUCGUGGGAAAUAACACAAAGAAAGUCUAAAGUUCAAGAAAUUUUGGUCGUCAGAAGAGAGAGAGAGAGACAGAAAAAAAGAAUAAACACACAGUGCAUACGAUGAAAACAUUCUACAGACCUGACGAAAUGGACUCAGACUUAGACGGUGAAUUGAUGGAGGGACAAAAUGAAGGGACGAACGAUGACAUUUUAAUUGGUUUUGCCGAUGAAGGUGACGAAGAAGUUGGCGGCGUGGUUUUGGCCGAGGCAACCGAUUCGGAUGACAGUAUCUUGACAAUUCCGAAUAGUGACUUUGAAGAAUCCGAUUCAGACGAUGAAUACGCCCCUGAUUCAAGUGAUGACGAUACAAUGAAAAAUUCGAAUCAACAAAAUGCAGGCGCCCAUACGCGAAAUGGUGGAAAUGCGUCCACAUCAACAGGUGGCGAUGAGGAAGAGGACGAUGUGAUUGCAAAAAUUUUGGCCAACACAAAGACACCACGCACACAUCCGCCCGACAUUUCAAUCGAUGAUUACGUCGUUGAUCUCUCGUUCCAUCCCGAUAAGGAUAUAUUGGCAGCAGCCACAAUAAGUGGCGACGCAAUGAUUUAUAAAUAUUCCGAUGACGGAAAUGAAUUAGUAAACACAUUAGAAUUACAUGUGAAGGCAAUUCGUGACAUUGAAUUCAAUCAUGAUGGUAGUGUAUUAUUUUCGGCAUCAAAAGAUCGUUCUAUUCUAUUAACCGAUUUAGAAACGGGAAAAUUCAAACGUUGCUAUGAACAGGCACACGAGCAGCCCGUUUGCAAAAUGAAUGUGUUCGAUGAAAAUUUAUUUGCCACCGGCGAUGAUGAUGGCACCGUUAAGGUAUGGGAUAUUCGAGACAAAAGCAACAGUCCGAUAUUUUCAUUGAAAGAAGUCGAUGAUUAUAUCACAUCGAUACUCACAAACGACGCAAAAAAAGUUCUACUCACAACAAGUGGUGACGGUUAUUUGACAGCAAUUAAUAUUGGCUCAAGAAAAUUAUUCGUUCAAUCGGAACCAUAUGACGAGGAAUUGACUUGCAUGGGCCUAUUUAGAAACGAUUCAAAAUUGAUAGUUGGAACGUCAAAGGGUCGUUUAUACACAUUUAAUUGGAAUGAAUUUGGUUAUCACAAUAACAUGUAUCCCGGACCGAAAACACCAAUGAGCCACAUGAUACCAGUCACCGAUCGAGUUGCUGUCGUUGCUGGUGAAGAGGGUGUGUUGCGCGCUUUACAUUGUAUUCCAGGACGAAAUCUUGGUGUUGCCGGUCAACAUUCACUAGCGGUUGAUGCGAUGGAUAUUAAUCACAGCGGCGAAUACAUUGCAUCAUCAGCGGAUAAUAAUGAGAUCAAAUUCUGGAACAUCAAAUAUUUCGAAGAUUUGGAUGACAUCAAAUAUAAUGAAAAGCACAACAAAUCCAAGGAGCACAAACACAAUUUGCCAUCAUCAAAAGUGGCCAAUGCUGGCGAUUUCUUUAGCGAUUUAGUUUAAGAAAUUGAUUAUGUUUUCUAUUUCAUUUUUAUGUUUAAUGAAUGUGUAAAAUUUUAUUAAUUAAAUGAAUCCGAAUAAAAACUCGAAUUUGCAUCAUGGAAAUUUCAUCAGGAGAGAACAAGAUGUGAAAUGCGAGUUCAAGUUUUUAUUCACACUCAUUCAAUUCACAUUAAGUUUAAAUUAAUCUAUUCUUCUUUUUUGUAAAAAAACAAAAGGAAAAAAUAUCCGAAUAACAUUCGGUGAAUAUCAUUAAAUAUUUCCACAUACACACACAAA